UUUACCCGACCUCUUAUGUAAUAUCCUUCGUCCUCUUCCCCUUUUUGCUCUCCCCUUUUCAUUCGUGCCUCCCCUGCCCGCUUAUAUUCUCGCCUGCUUGCCUUCUUCCGUCAUUCCAUACGCCUUUUAUGCCUUCUCUACUGGCUACUUCUGACCUCUCGUACGUUUUCAUGCUCUUUCCUACCAUGUACUGUUCUGUUCUACAUUUUCCAAUCUUCUCUGACCCUCACUCCACAGGUCUAUAUGCUGCCCCUCACUUUCCUAUAUUAUCCUACCUUUUGCCCAGUUUCUGUCUUAUACCGUUUUCUCAUACAUUUUCGCUUUUGUCUUACGCUACCCUCGCAUAUCCACUCCCACUCCUUUCUAUUUUCUCCUGCUCCGUCUUUAAUUUUUGUUCCUAUCCAUCAUUAUGCCCUUUCUUGCCCCCUCUCGUCCUCUGUUGCCUUUUUUUAUGUUUCGUAUUUUUUUCUGUUCUCUUAUGUAUUCUUCCUUGUCCUUUUCUUUAUUCGUUUGCUCUCUUCUGCGCUUUCACAUGAUCCUAUUCUGUCGUAUCCUAUCCCCUCAUGUCAUUUUAUCCUCAGAGUAAGAAAUAAAGAUAGAGAUGCCUUGAUGCUUAUCUAUGCGUGCCAUCAUCUUUAUUUCUUACUCUGAGAUUUUAUCUCUCGAAUAACGACGUUUCGCCAUUCAAAUUUCGGCAGCAGUCGAAGUUGGACUGGAUGGCACGAAUAGAACUCCUACGCGGUGUAUACCGACGGUCUUUUUGUGUAAGGUGUGUUGCCGAAGCGUAGGGGUAUGUCACCGCACUUCCUUUGCCCUCGCAUUCCUUUGAUGUUCUCUCAUGCGCACUCCUACCAUCUCAAAUCCGUUUUUUCCUCUUAUCUUCUCCCCCCGUAACCCCAGGAAGAAUGGGCGCAAGAUAAAAACAGCGUAUCGUGUGUUUGAUUUGUUGUACUCACCACUUCUUGCUAAUCUCCGGUUCCAAAGCCAUCUCCCUACGUUAUGUGAGUUAUUAUAACUCUUUCAUGUUUUCUUCUGUCUCCUUCUAUCAUUAUUCGUGCUUUUUCCUCUGUACGCUGCUUUGCUUCCUUUUCUUUUUCCCCAAGCCUCCUAUUUUCCUCCCCUUUUCGAUCUUAUUUUCGUGUCUCUUGUUCUUUUCUUUUGUUCUGCUAAUGUGCUCUCCUCUAUUUCCCAUUCGCUUCUUUUGUUAUUUCGUACAUUCAUUUGUUCCCUUUCUAAUUCUAUCCCGCCUUGUUCUAUUCUCUUCAUUCUUCCCCACUUACUAACACUCUCCGGUUUUCAAUCUUGUUCUUAUCACCUUCUCUCCCGCUUCUCCCACUCCUCUCUCGUUUUUCCUUUUACUGCUCCUUUUUAUUCUUUUUUGCCUUUUCGAACAUUUUGCUAUCCUCUGCCCCUCGCUAAUCGUUCUCUCCUGCUCUUUCCAAUUCUCCAAUGUCUCCCGUCUUCUCCACUUCUUCUCUUGCAUUCGCCUUGUUACUGCCCGAUGUUUGCCUCUCAUGUGCUCUCUGGCUUGUUGCUGUUCUCGACUACCCUUUCAUACCUUCCCCUCUUUGACCGCCUUCUCUUGUCUUCCCUGGAUCCAUCCUACUCUCUUCUGCUUUCAUAUGUUCUCCCUCUCACGCCCUUUCAUACCUUCAUUUGCAUUUUCCUGUUCUUCCUUUGUCGGUUUUCUUUUAUUCCUUCUUCUUGUGUAGCUUUGUGGCAAGGUAGUGGAACUUUCAUGGCUAAUUGCGAACCGCCGAAUUGUCUGUCUUCCCUUCUGUUCUCUUCUACACAUUUCAGAGAACGUCAUCAAGCCUGAAUUUUCCAAUUUAGGCAACGUCGCAAUUGCAUAUAUUUUUGAAACCUGGCAACAUUGUUAGGGAUGUGUUAUGAAGUGACAGUUGAUUUGUAUGUGUUAUGUAAAGAACGUCUUUUUGCUGCGAAAAUGUGAAUUUUAUACUUUUUAAUAAGAAAAAAUGGGUGCUAAAGACUCAAAACGUUCCUGUCUAAUCUACGAGGAUGCAGUGAAACGCAUGUCCGAGGCCGAGUUUAAGCGCGUAUGCGAGGCGUUUAAACGGCUAACGAACGGCAAUCAAUUACUCAGCAGACAAUCGUUCACGCAGAACGUCCUCGGCGAUGGUGUUCCCCCCAUGAUAGCCGACUGGCUUUAUACGGCCUGCGGUGGCGGCGGGCGCGGAAUCGCCCUACGCGACUUGAUCUGCGGACUCGUCUUGUUAACGAAAGGCACUCAGGAGGAGAAGAUCAAGUUCCUGUGGACUUUGUAUUCGAACGACGCCGGCACUCACAUCACGAAGGCCGAAUUUCAGAGCUCCCUACAGACCGAGGGCGCCUUACCGUCGACGUUAAGCAAUCCGAACCUCUGGUGGGAUCGCACGAUCAUCUCGCUGUUCGGUGUCGGGCAGGAUCGUGUAACCUUCGAGCACUUUCGCGCCUGGAUUCAGUAUAACAAGGAGGCCACCGUCCUCUCUAAAUGGCUGUUGACGAAUUCGUCCGUGUCGCUGAGCUCCGAAUUGGAGACGCCAACGUUUUAUCAAACGUUAGCCGGCGUCACUCAUCUGGAAGAGGAGGACAUUUGCGAGCUAGAGAAGUGCUUUUGGUCGCUUUCUGCCGUGUCGCCGUGUCGUCAGUUGGACUUGGCUUGCAUUAGUUGCUUGGCCAGUCCCCCGGUACCCACAAGUGCUUGUCUGGGAUUGUUCCUGGCUUUGGACGUGAACGGCGACGGUCACGUCGACUUCAAGGAGCUGUGCUGCGGAAUUUCGGCGGCGUGUCGCGGCCCGACGGCCGAACGCAUCAAAUUCUGCUUCAAGAUAUUCGACUUGGACCAAGACGGCUACUUGAACAUGAAGGAGCUACAAAACAUGGUCGAUAUCCUCACGUUCGUCGCCAAGGAGCACUCGCCCAAGCCGCACCAGAUCAAUCUGAUCGAGAAGUCGCCGAAGGCGCCGCUGGCCACUCACGAUUGCGACGACAACUGCGAGGAUUUCUACUGGAAGGUGAUCGAUAAUUUGAAAAAGCGCUUAACGGCGGACGGAUCCUUGAGCCAGGAGGACUUCCUAAUUUGGGGGAUCGACGAUAAUAAUUUAAUUACGCCUUUACUUCAGCUGCUGUUCGAGGUCUGCCACGUUUCUUUGGGUUUGAAGCCGCUCUGUCGACAUCACGAGUACGAAAUUGUGAUGGGUUGGUUGACGAGAGAGGAGUUGCGCGGUUACCGUGUCGGGCAAUUUUGGUAUUUGAUUUCGACCGAGUGGUGGCAAAGCUGGAUCAGCUACACGACGGCGUCGCGAACGAGCUACGACCAAUGCGCCUGUCGAUUGGAGCAGCGAUUGCCGAUCGAAGAGGGGAUCGUGUGCGACGAAAGUUUCACGAGCAAUAGUACCGAUUACAUAUCGUCACAUUCCAAUGAGUUUACCUCGAACAGUACCGACUCGAUGGGCGACUUGUUGAGUAAAGGUGACACGUGCAGCAUAGCGUCCAGUUCCGGCGUGUCGAGCAGUUCGAGUAGCGGAUCGAAGCGGAAUCAGGGCGGGCCGGGGCCGAUCGAUAACACUUGCUUAGUGACCGAGUCAUUUUUGAAGGUGGCUACGUUAACGGGGGAAGGGGGGCGUCUCAAACGUGAUCGGCCGCUAGUCCAACAUCGCGAUUUUAUUCUGGUACCUGAUUCGCUUUGGAAAGCUUUAGCACUGUGGUACGGGGGCCCCCUACCUCUGCCUCGUCAAGUUAUCCGACCCACGGCCAGUAUUGAGGUCGAACUGGAACUUUAUCCACUAAAUUUAGGCAUUUUACGUCAUCAAACCCCGACGGGUAACUCAUCCGGGACCUGGACGAGCGUCGUAGGCGGUUACGGGGCGGCCGCUCUCAACACUGCCGGUAUUACCUCUCCGGUUGGCUCGCCGAGGCGGUACUUGGCGCACACCGCCGCCUUCAGUCGUCUCGCGAACGUGCGACAGGUGAUCGAGUUUCUCUCGCUGCGGCUAGGUUUACGAAUCGAAGAUGUCCGCCUCUGGCAUGUCAGAGAUAACACCAUACUCUUGGAGGACGAAGUCGCCACCCUCCAGGAUUUGGGCAUACAAGACGGCGAUCAGUUGCUAUUGGAAGUUCGCAACAAGGACCUCACUUGGCCGGAGGAGUUGGGCGCGCUCGUCUCGGGCGUCACGAAUAAUCAGGGACUGAUUAGCAUGGACAGGCGGCCCACCAUUUGCCUACCACCGGGUGCGACCGGACUACACAAUUUAGGUAAUACGUGCUUCAUGAAUGCGGCCCUUCAAGCAGUAUCCAAUACUCGACCGUUAACACAGUAUUUUCAACGUGAUAUGCAGCUUUGCGAGCUAAACUCGACGAAUCCUCUCGGUACACGAGGCCAAGUUGCGCGAAGGUACGCCGAGCUUUGCCGCGAACUGUGGACUGGCUCGACCAGAAGCGUUGCGCCGCUCAAGCUGCGCUGGUGCGUUACGAAACACGCGCCCCAUCUCGGCGGCGGUGGUCAGCACGACUCCCAAGAGCUACUCGCGUGGCUGCUCGACGCCCUGCACGAGGAUUUAAAUCGCGUCGCGCGCAAACAGUACACCGAACUGCGCGACUCCGACGGUCGGCCGGACAUGAUCGUCGCCGAGGAGGCGUGGCAACAGCAUCUCGCCCGAGACCACUCGAUCAUAACCGACCUCUUCUACGGCCAGCUGAAGAGUAAGGUGACCUGUCAAACUUGCGGUCACGAGUCGGUGCGUUUCGACGCGUUCAACUUGCUCAGCCUGCCGCUGCCGAUGGAGAGCUUCAUUCUGUGCGAGGUGAUCGUUAUCUACCUGAGCGGCGAAACGCCGAUCAAGUACGGCCUACGCCUCAACUCGGAGGCGAAAUAUUCCGAGUUAAAGUCGCAACUGCACGACCUCUGCAACAUUCCGCCGAGCCAGCUCCUAUUGGCGGAGGUCUCGCACUCGCAAAUUCAGGACGUACUGGCCGACGACGCCAAGAUUAACAUCUCGACCGCGACCGAGCUCUACGCUUACGAGUUGCCGAGCGGCGAGCUUCCCGUCGCCUUUAACAGACUUUGCGCUGGAGAUGACGAUGACAACGUGCAGAGCAUGCUGGCCCGAAGUCCAGAGGUAAGAAGCGGUUCGGCCCUUUGCAUGCCCAACAUUCUUUGCUUUAAGACAAGUAACAAUGACUCUAAUGUCCCCGAGUUUCACGUGAAAAGGCCCUCGCUACCGAUAGCGACGACAGUUCAGAGUAAAGUUCCGACGUACCUCAUCGCGCUGCAUCGCAAGUGCGUGCGACAGGAGACCUACUUCCUGUCGCAGCACAAGUCGAAGCCGAUACUCUUCGGCAUUCCGCUGCUGUUGGGCUGCGGCAGUUUGAGUACGUGUCAAAGCUUGUACGAGGCGGUUUGGGGUCAGGUGACCCGUCUGCUCAGCCCGCUGCCGCAGAGCGAUCAGACUAACCACGCCACCGAUUGUGAUGAUUCGCUCGGAUACGAGUUUCCCUUCACGCUGAAGGCAGUAAUGCAGGGCGGCCAACUGUGCGCGCUGUGUCACUGGUCCCAGUUUUGUCGCGGUUGCACUCUGCCGUGCAGCGAAGACUUACUGUUUAAAGUCUGCCAACCGGGACCGAUUCCGAUGUGGAUUGCGAUCGACUGGGACCCCACCGCUUUACAUUUGCGCUACCAAAGUAGCCGAGAGAAAAUCUUCUUGGAACAUGAGACGAUUUCCACCUGUCGGAAGCAGCACACCGAACCGAUCGAUCUCGACUACUGCCUUAAAGCGUUCACUUCGGAGGAACGGCUCGAAGCGAAAUACCACUGUUCCAAGUGCCAAGACAAGCAACCCGCCACGAAAAAGCUUCAAAUAUGGCGGUUACCCCCAAUUCUGAUCGUUCAUUUAAAGCGUUUCGACUAUGUUAAUAACAAGUGGGUGAAAACGCAAAAAGUGGUGAAUUUCCCGUUUAAGGACUUCGACCCGACGGGGUACCUAGCGUCGGUUCCACAGGAGACGAUCUUGCGACACAAGCAGCUAGAACAAAAGGCGGAGACAUCCGGCGUGAUCGAGGAAAACGACGAGCACCUACACGGCGGCGGCGAGGACUCGAGCAUGUGCAACGAACGCAGUCGACUCGUUGCGCACGAAUCCGGCGCGAAGUCGAGCAAGGACAAGGCGCGCGAACGGUUGGUUUCGACGAGCCUGCAACGUUCGCCCGUAGUCGACGAGGAUCUGCACGAUUUUCACGAGCACAAGCUGCUGGACGGACAGAACCGUUUCGAUUUGAAGUACCAGCUUUAUGCCGUUGUGAGCCACUCAGGAUUGCUAAACGGCGGCCAUUACAUUUCCUACGCCUGCAAUCCGAACGGUCACUGGUACUGUUACAACGACAGCUCGUGCCGGGAAGUGCCUACGGACAGUUCGACCGAACCACCUCCUCCGGUGGAGACAAACAACAACAAUAACGAGUACAAAUACUGUAGUAAAAGUGCGAACGUAACGCCGCUGAUAACGCGGAAGACGUUUAACGUAAGUGAAAGUGACAAUAUCAGUUUGAGCGGGAGUGAGGUGGAGAUGCAGGUCGACGAGACGGAACCGCCGACGGUUAAGUGCGCCUACAGCAAGACGAGGGCGCCGAAAAUAGAGACCAGUAAUGCGUACAUCCUGUUCUACGAGCGUUCCGGCCUCGACUACAAACCGUACCUGCCCGAGAUCGCCGGUAACGGCGAGAGUUUGCCCGAAGUCGAGCUGGAGGAGAGCGAAUCGGAGCUCAGGAAACAGUUGUGUUUAAUACAGUAAACAUUGCCAUUAUUAUUAUUAUUUUAGUUUUAGUAUUAAGUUUGGUGAUAUCUACAAUAUUAUUGUUUCAGAUCUUUAUUAAUUAUUUAUUGUUGUGUUUUUGCGCCGAGAGAUGCAUUUAAGACGAGUUUACGGAGAAGGACUUUGGGUUUAGGUGUAUACGAAGACCUCAUUUUGUAUGUUUCUAUUGCAAUAAUUUAAUCGGAGACAGAGAAAGAGAGAGUGUUUAGUUGUAGGUCUAAUUUUUAAUAUGGAAACCAAAGAUGGGGGGCAGUUAAAUGCGUUAGAUUCUCUGAGAGUGUCAUUAGUUGUAAAAUGUCUUGCUUUGUUUGUAUGAUGUGGAGCGAGACGAAAGACUGCAUGUAAUUCCAUAAUUUGUUAAAUCAUAUUCUGCUGCUACUGCUGUCGUGGUGCCAUUUCAAUCAUUAAACGCUUGUCUAUAA